UAAUGAAAGUAUACCACGAAAGCUAUUUCGUCGUUUGUCACCACGUGUCCGUAAUCAAAUAUACCUUAAUGUGACUAAAGUUACCUAAAAAUAUCCGGACAAACCGGUAAAAUAUAGUGUAUCAUUACCAAGUGUAUCGGGAACGUAUGAAAAUGGAUUUUUCCCAAUAUCGAAAAGCCCUAAUUUAUAUUUUAACUUUUUUGGCUUACGCAUGGUCAGGCUACGGAGCUGGUUUAUUAUACAACUUAAAAGACGCUGUAUUAACAGCAGAAUCGGUAUUCCAAGAUUUAUUUGAAAAUGCAAUUACUGUAGCUAGAAAAAUUAAGGAUAUACACGAAGUGUUUGACGCAGCAGUAGAAGAAAACUGUAUUUUUCGAUGUCCUGGAGGGAUAGUACCAAAAGCGGAUUGGAAUCAUAAACCGCAAAGUAAUGGAUGCGGUUCUCUGGGAAUCGAAAUAAACCAAGAAUAUCUACCGCUUUCAGAAAUGACGAAAUGUUGUGACACACACGACAUCUGUUACGAUACUUGUAAUUCGGAUAAAGACAAGUGUGACUUGGAGUUCAAAAGAUGUUUAUACAAAUAUUGUGACGGAUAUCAGUCGUCUGCAAUAGUAAAUACAUGCAAAGCUGCUGCAAAAAUGCUUUUUACCGGUACCACGGCUUUGGGAUGCAAGAGUUAUAUAGACGCCCAAAAGGCGGCUUGCUAUUGCGGAGACAAAUGGAAUAAGAAUAAAAAGCCAAAAAGAGCUGCCCAAGCUGGUGGAGAGCUAUAAAAAUUACAAAAGCUAUUUAUCGUAAAAUACAAAUGAAGUAAAAAAUAACUUAUACCUCGUUUGUGGAAUUUACAUUUAAUAAGCAUAUGAUCUCAUAUUUGUCCUCAUAUUGCUUACAU